CGAGAUAUGAUAAUAUUUCUUAUUCACCAGACGCCAAAGGUAUAAAAAUGCUUUGAUAUUAUACUUGUUAUAUAUAGCUGGAGUGUAUAUAUCAACUGUUCUUUCAAGAAAGAGACACUGCUCUUUUGAUGAUAUCUCCUCCGAAUAUGCAUCCAUCAAAAGCUCGUAAAAUUAGAUUAAGAAGAAAAUACAAUGUGAAUAUACAGUUUAUGUGUGUAACCGCUUCUUCUGAAGUAAUUCAACAAGAGAAUUCCAAAGACAAGUUCGUGUGUAAAUACGAAAAUAAUACAUAUAAUUAUAAAGCAUGUUUAGAUUCGUGCGAAAAGACACAGCUUAUUAAUAUGUGUGAGUGUAAUCCAACUUUCUUGUAUCCAAUCAACGCUAGUCAUCGCGAAUGUAAAAUUGAAGACCUUACGUGCCUGACAAAGAAAACUGAUAAACAGGUCAACUCGUGUGUUUGUUUAAAAGACUGCAAGUACUGCUAUUACGAUGACGAACCAACAAGACUUGACUUUGAUGAAAAUGUCAUUUCCAUAGAUGUACAUUACGAUAGCCCAACAGGAAUGCUUUAUAGAAAAGAAUUGGUUGCUUCAGAUUUAGAUUUACUAGUGCAGUUCGGUGGUAUCUUUGGCUUGUUUCUUGGUGGUUCAUUGAUAACCGUAAUAGAAUUCAUAUAUUACUGUUUUGUUGGUACUAUCGUCUCUAUUUUUCAAAUUUUCAUUAAAUUGAAAAAUAAAAACAAAAUGGCAUUCAACAAUACGACUUGAUCAAGGUGAUGCAUGCGACAUUCUUAGACUGGCAAUUCUCAUCUAAUGAUGAUUAAAUAUAUAUUGUGUUUAAAUAUAAAUGCUAUUGAAAAUGAUCUACUACAGGUAACCAACCGAAUGUCGUAUCAUGAUACUACGAAAUUGUCUAUUAAUGAAAUCAUUUGCUCUUGUUAUCAAUUAGGUUAUAGUUAUUUACAAAUAUUCGCUUACAACUUCUGUCAAAUGUGACAAUAUAGCUUAGUGAUUGUCUUAUAUUAAAAUUAAUGUAAUUAUAUUUGUAUAACUUUUCACUAGAUUACUAUUAACUAAUAGUAUACUCGAAGUGAUGCAUUUCUUAAUUACAUCACGUAUAUUUAUGUAUAUACUACAUACAAUAAAAGUGAAUUAUAGACAAAAAUUAUUAUAGCGUAAAUUGAAUUUUUGAAUUAACCGGAAAGAGCUGAAGCUCAUAAAUCUCAAUCGAGUUGAGCGCCAAUCACUUACGCAUGCGCAGUCGUGAGUUA